CUCUGCCUUGUUUUUCUCUUCCUCUUUAGUGUGUCAGAGGUUCAAACAGCAGAAACAAGAUGGCCGCCGCUCUGCAAGUGGCACCAACAUGUACAGGAUGCAACGGUGCUCGACUGGAUCACAUCUCUCUCUGUGUUCAGAUGAUGAUUGGGUCUCCAAAUGCCCGUCUGGCUGCAGACUGCAGGGUUUGAUGUCAGAAAUGGAAAGUGACGUGGAAAAAAAACUGCAGAUGUUCUGUCAAAAGUCAAGUGUUUAUGAAAUCGCAAUGGAGAAGUCCAUGGCAGAGAUGACGCACAUCUACAACUCUAACCGCAGAGCCAUGGUCAACAGAUACAUUUCAGAACUGAAGUUUGUGGAAAGUGCCGACAAACUGGGCAAGAACCUCAGAGAACUACGACAGCGAUCACGAUUUCUGGCACAGAAGAUAAAGGAGUUGAGCGACCAUGUGAGGAAACAGGUGGAGGAGCUGUAUCGAACAGAGGUGGACGUAGACAUGAAGCUAAGGACCUGCCAGGGAACCUGCCGCGUGGCGCUGAUGCUCAGCGUCGAUCACCAUGGCUACCAGACUCUUCAAACGGACCUACGCCUCAUGGACAAAACCAUGAAACAGAAAACCAAACCCGCCAAGCCUCCCCAGAACAUUCCCCGAGUUACGCUGCAGCCGGCGAACGUCGGCCCGCCGGCGCCAGCAGAAUACAAAACGAUCCCGACGGUCCAGAAAGAGCUGCUGACGCAGUUUGAAGACAUUGAACAGAACUGUAUGGUUCUGGUGGACCAGUCAGACCAGGCGAACACACUCAGAGCUGCAGGUUCUAAUCUGGAACCAACAGCUGAGGGUGAAUCAUUGUAAUAAUACUUAAUAAAGUCAGAAAGAUUUCACUUAUUUAUGUUUUCCUGACAGAAAGACUCCUCCGACCUUUAAGUUUUUUCAUUUUUUAAUGUUUUAUUUAUUAGUUUUCCUCCUGGCCUGAUUUAAAUUGAUAGAAAAUGAGCAAAGAUACAAACCAAAAUACAUUUAUUGAAAUUAACUGAUCACUUAUUCUUUUAGUUUAAAAUUACUGAUUGUGUCAUUUUGGAACUAAGAAAGGAUAUUACUAAGCCUUGAAAAAACUUGUUUUUGAGGAUAAAUAUUUAAAUAAUGUCCUUGAUUUAAAUAUCAAUAUAACUUUGUUAUUUAUUGUAACAUUGUUUUAUUACAGUCAUGUGGUCUGUCUUAUAUAAUCAACUUAUUUCACCUACAGAAAAAGGCAUUUCUGUCUUUGUAAAUAAUUUAUAACUCUUUUCAAACAUCUCUGGUGUUUUAUUUAAAGAUAAAUACAUUUAUUUUAUUGACUUUGUUCUUUCUGCAGCUGCUAAUAAUAAAGUUUGUCCCAAAGCAAUAGAUUAAGUACGAUAUUGCUUCUGGUUGAACUGUGGUGGCGAUAUAGUGAUGAGGUGGACUUGAAUAUAUCAUGACAUGAAGUUGAACUGGUGAACUGUUUGUGUUGAACAUUAGCUAAGCUGAAGAUCACUAGAGCUGACCAAUCAGAGCAAAGAAAGCGUUUUGAAAUCUAAAUAACUGUAAAACUGUAAACAGACAAAAGAGAAAAAUUUAUUUUACCUGUUAAAAUGAACACUGUAAAAAGUUGAUAUCAAUAGGGUUAAAGUUGAGUGUGGUGCAUUUUGUGGAUCCACUUAUUACCUCAUGACUUCAAGUUUUUCUCUGUUUUGUAUUUAAAUAGUUAUUUACAUGCAUGAUUGAUUGAUGUUUAGUUGCUUUUCUUUUAGUAAACUGACAUUUUGAGAAAAUGGAUAGAACAUAUUUUUUCUUUCUUCUACUUUUUUUUUUAUCAAAAUUUGUGUUCAUAUUAAGAUGUGGCAUUUUCAUGUUACCUGGAAAUUAAUGGGAUUAAUAAAACAACACGACUCAGAUACUCAUAGGUUCCUCAACGUGUUUAUUGAGUAGCGCAGGACAGUUUUAUUCACUGUUCCUUUAAUGCAAACGACGCCGUCACGCACAACAAGAUAAAUCACAGCAUAUGUUUUCACAACAAAUCUGAUUUCUCCUCUUUUGAAGAAUAUGACCUUUUGAAGAAAAUAUUUUUAUUAUAUAAGAAUAAAACCUUUUACACCAUUUUUU